CGUCAGGAGGGAGAAGUGUCUGCUCAGUUUGGGGGCAGAACCACAGAACGUUCCCCUAAACAGCAGAAUCUGGAUCCGGUAAAAACCCGGCGACAAGAUUCUUGUCGACUCGACCCUCGAACCCAGACAGGGUCACCACCAUCUGCUGCUGCUCGGGCGCUAAAUCGCUCCGAAGAACACCGGAUACAACAGCCGUCACCAGGACAGAGACUUCCGCUGAGAGGCAUAGCGGAGGAGAAUCGUUGCCGUCGGUAUUUACUCGAAAGCAUCGGCAUGUAGAAGCUCAGUUCUCAGGCUGUAAAAGGCUGUCCGUCAUGAAGAAGCGAGCCACCAAGGUGCUGCAGGAGGAGGAGACCUUGUGCUGCUGUGAGUAUGUUAACCGACUCGGAGAGCGCAGCCAUGUAGCAGCCUGCUGCUGUGACUGUGAGGACCUGGAUGACACCUGUGACAGGUUUCUGAAGAGGGAGCCUCAGAAACCUGAAUCCUUGUCACAGCUGGCUGAUGUUUUUGCAGACCGGAUUCGUGUGCCCUGGUUUUGGGGUGGAGCCCGAAAAGUGGACCUGUCCGUAAUCCCUCCUCUUAUUCUCCUUCCAGUCCUGCUGCACCUCGCUGCUCUCCACUUCCUUCUUGGCAUGUUGGUUUUGACGGCUCUGCCCGGCCUGGUGCUGUGGUACUACUAUUUCACCCAUCGCAAAAAGGGACGGACGCUCUUCUUUCUCAGCCUGGCCCUCUUCUCCCUGGGGUACAUGUACUACUUGUUUAUUACAGAGGUGCUUCCCGGCGGGGAUGUCGGCCUGGUCCAGGUAACCGUGGUAACUGUCGGGGUCAUACUCACCCUGGUAGCCCUUGUUCACACCAAGAGAGAACCUGGCUUUGUGCGACCAAACCAAGAGUCCGUCCACAGCACAGUGACAUAUUACAGCCCUCUGGCAGACAGAGACCCCGCCCUCAACGGGGGGAGGCAGGAUGUGACAAUGACAGUAGCCAACCGGGCAGGGUCGUCGGAGCAGGCAGGGGUGGAGCUGAAGGAAAGUAGCAGAAGGAACUGGUGUCCGACGUGCAGGGUGGUGCGGCCCCCGAGGGCGGGACAUUGUCGGAUCUGUGGUGUCUGCGUGCUGCGUCUCGACCACCACUGUGUCUGGAUAAACAGCUGUGUGGGGCAGGCCAAUCACCGCAGCUUCCUGCUUACACUCCUCCUCUUCCUGUUGACGUCCCUGUAUGGGAUCAGCCUGGUGCUGCAGAGCGUGUGUCCGAAACAACACCUCUUCACCGCCCUGCUCUACUGCCCAGGGGUCUACAACCAAUACAGCACUGCACUUUGCUUCACCUGUGCGUGGUACAGCAGUAUCGUGACCGGUGGGCUGUUACACCUGCUGGUGGUGCAGGUGAUCAACGUCAGCUACAACGUGACCGAGCGUGAGGCACGCGUCGCCCUGCGAGACAAGACUGCUCGCAGCGCUUAUUGGGGACUCGUAGUGGACACCGGCAUCUACUCUCAAGGUUUCCGUGGCAACUGGGCAGAGUUCAUGACCAUGGGAGAAAAACUGAAUCCUCCCUCUUCAACCUCUGCUGACCUGGUAUGAGGGACUGUUACACAAUUCUGAGUUAAAGCAACUUACGGUUGUUGUUCUGUUAAAGUCCACUGGAUGGCAGCAAUGUCCCUUCACUCUGACUUAUCUUCUGCUGCAGCAAACCUGAUAUCUGUAAGGACUGAUGUCACUGGGUUACUGCAGCUAUUGAGUUGCCACCUGAGUUGCUGACUUUGACAUAUAGCAAUGAAAACCACAAGCCCAAUAAGAUAACAUUCACUGCCAUUAAUAUCACUGACAACUGGCAUCUUCUCUAUGCAGCUUCAUCCACUCACUGACCCUUAAUCUCCUUCCACUGCUGCCUCAUUCCACUGGUAUGAUGUCUCUCUGCCAAACAGAUAUCACAGUUUCCUUCACUUUGACUGUCUUCCCUGGACUUGAACAUUGUCUUUAUGUUUCCUCUUCAUUCUAGUGCCUUGCUGGUAGUCAGCAUACAAAAAAAAUGUGAGACUGAGUAAUCUGUCGCUCCUCAUAGAGACAUUUUGUCUGAACACAGCUUCAGCAACAAGGUGACGUCUCUGGAAUUGUUCAGUCCUGCAAAAAGCUGUGGGCUGAACAUCAUUUCAAGGAUGGUCUCUCUGCACACUACACCUCCUUUGUCCCCCACAAACAUUUAUCUGCAGCGUUGACCUUGUGAAAUUUGUUGUGGAUAUUUAUCAAAGUUAAAUGUAACAUUUCAGCACAAGCCACAUAUUCAGGCUAGUUAAAGUGUGUCAUUGCGUUUAACAUGAUAAAUGAUUGGAUGGGUAGGAAUAUAUGAAGUAGUUGCUUUUUUAACUGACUCUGCUCUGGAAAUAUGAAGAUAAAGCAAAUAAAUCAGUACACAAUAAUGUCAACUUGAGAAAUUUUCAGUGCUUUCCACUACAGCUGCUGUUAUUAGUCCUCAAAUGGGCUGAAAGCUUUUUUUUUGGAAUCCUAAAAGCUAUAUGGGUCCAGUUUUGUGUUUGUAUGAAAUAGAUUUUACUUAUUUAAUUAAAUGAAUGUGAGAAAUG